ACUCUGUGGUCGUUUGAAGGUGCUCCUUGGUUGUUACUGAUGUCAGUUGUUCCUUACACAACCCUCGUAACAGCAUUAUGGGUCUUCUCACAAAUAAACCAAAUACUGGUGUCUCUAUCAGUAACUUGACAACCUGCUGAAAUAAUCGCCAAGGAAGUGAAGAGUGCAGAAGGAUGUCUGAAAGGGUGAAAGUCAUUGUUCGAUGUCGACCACUCAGUAGGAAGGAGAAUGAAGAAGGAUGCAAGCCCAUUAUAUCUAUGGAUUCCAGUUAUCAUUCAUGUUCUAUACGGAAUCCUAGUGAUAUUACUCCUCCAAAGACAUUCACUUUUGAUGGAACAUACAACUUCUCUUCAACAACAGAACAAAUAUACAAUGAAGCAGCAUUUCCACUUGUACAGGAUGUGUUAAAUGGAUACAACAGCACAAUAUUUGCUUAUGGUCAGACUGGAUGUGGAAAAAGUUUCACUAUGCAAGGAUCCUACGAUAAUUUUUCUGAACGUGGUGUCACACCACGAGCCAUAGAGCAUAUUUUUGAAGAAAUAGCUCUUGCUGAGAAUACAAAAUAUCUUGUUCUUGUCUCUCACUUAGAGAUUUAUAAUGAUGAAAUAAGAGAUUUGCUUGGAAGUGGCAGAAGAAAUAAGCUUGAGCUCAAAGAACAUUCAGAGCAUGGAGUAUUUGUUCAAGGUAUAUCUCUUCAUUCAGUUCAAGGUGUACAUGAUUGUGAGAAACUCAUGCAAAAAGGUAUCAACAAUAGGAUAACAGCAGAAACACAAAUGAAUUAUGAUUCUUCACGCUCUCAUUCAGUCUUUACUAUACAUGUAGAAAUUGUCCCUGUUAAUACAUCAGAAGUUGAUGGAAUGCAAAUGAAAUUUCAAAACAUACGAAAGGGAAAGUUAAAUUUGGUGGACUUAGCUGGAAGUGAGCGUCAAGGUAAAGCAGGAACAACAGGUGACAGACUGAAGGAAGCUACAAAAAUUAAUCUUUCAUUGUCAGCUCUAGGAAAUGUGAUAUCAUCAUUGGUAGAUGGAAAAUCAAAGUAUAUACCAUAUCGCGAUUCAAAAUUAACAAGGUUAUUGCAAGAUUCACUAGGUGGCAACACAAAGACACUUAUGAUUGCAUGCCUUUCACCAGCUGAUAGUAACUAUGAAGAAAGUUUGAGCACACUGCGUUAUGCUAACAGAGCAAAAAAUAUCAAGAAUAAGCCCCAUAUCAAUGAAGAUGCAAAAGAUGCACUUCUGAGAGAGUAUGAACAGGAAAUACAAAGAUUGAAAAACCUUGUAGAAACAUCUUGCACUACUCGUGCUUGGUUGUCAGCAGAUGAACAAAUUCAAGAAGAGAAAGAAAAGUUGCGUGUUGAGUAUGAACAAAAGCUAAAUAAGAUGAGACAAGACUGGGAAGUAGAACAUGUCUCUAAGUGCAAGCUGGAAAUAGAGAUGCAAAAUUUAAGAAACAAUUUGGAAUCAAAGAGAUACAAUACUAAGGAACACUUUAUUGAGUUACAUUACUUCCCUGAUGAGCACUGUCCAGAGGAAACCAGUGGGCAUUGUUCCAGGAAUGCUGCAUAUGGUGAUAUCUUAUGCAGGUGGAAAAAAUUGCAAAAAAGCCUUGUAGGUGGAGAAAGAAAACAUGAUUCCUUACUGAAGGCGCGGUACAUUAACAUGAGACAAACUUUGCGUAAGACUAUUUCUCGUCGUACUACAUCAGAUGAAGAAAGUAUAGAGGACUCAGAUAAUGAUCGAGAAUUGAGUUUAAGACAAAGAUUUCUGAAGGAUAAAUUGAGGCUUAACACUCUUGAAUCAGAAAACAAAGACCUUCAAAAUGAAUUUGAAAAAGAAAGAAAGAAUUAUUUAGAAAUUAUAGGAACUUUAUGUCGACAGAUGAAACUUUUCAAACAAAUAACUGAGAAGAUAGUACCAAAUCUACGCAAGGACUGUAGUUACAGUGACCUGGAACGAGUGAAGGGCCAAGCAGUAUGGAACGAAGAGGCUGAAUGCUGGAUUCUUCCAGAAUUUGUUUAUGAACAAAUGAAACUUCCUUGCAUUGAUCAGAAGCCUGAUUUUAUGACUUCACAAGAACUGAAGAAACCUUUAUCACCUGAUUACUGUGAAAGUCUGAGACAGAGCUCAUUUUCUUCUCGUCUUAGCUCACCAAGAAGUAGUAAUGAUGAAGAAGAUAGUAUACUGCUAAAGAAACUGCGAAGAAGUGAAGAGGAAAACAUUGCUGGGAAUUAUUUUAAAUCUAGUCGAACACUGGAGCUUCUAAAUAAGCUGAAGCAAAGAGGAUGGUCAUAUCCCAACAAAGGAAGCUCUAAUUACUGACUUUCUCAACUGGUGCUUACUUUACACAAAGGAAAAAGAAAGGAAUUAUUUUAAGAAAAUAUUCAAAAGUCUAGUAGCACUUUCAUUUUUUCUCUCUCCUUUCUCCCCCCUCCCCCCCCCCCCCCCCCCUCUCUCUCUCUCUCUCUCUCUCUCUCUCUCUCUCUCUCUCUCUCACACACAUACACACUAGCUGUGCUGCUAUAAUAAGCAUCUCCUUAUAUACAUAACCAAAAUACAAAAAUUAUAGAUACUGAGUUGGAUUUUGAAACUUUUCAAAAUAAAUGCAGAAUAUAUUCUAUGCAACGUUCUGAUAUUUUGGCCUACAACAGCAGCAUCUCUUAAUUUCAAAAAUAGAACAGUUCUGGUGGGACAUUAGUAUACCUUUCCACUACUAUGUUGUGUACAUAAUUGCUGCCCUACAUUGAUACGUCCUAUGCUAUGCCAUGAUAUUUUGAUGUUCAGUGGCAGAGGUCAUUAAUAUCUAAAAUAUGCCAAUUCUGUGAGAGUGAAUGUUUCUUAAAGUGGUCUGCACACAGUCUCUAUGUUGACAUUCUAGCUUGCAAGAGAUUGUAUUGAUAUUUCUUAAAAUUCUGUUGCAAACCAUGCUCUGUUGUAACUUCAUAUAAUUCUGCAGUUUAACAGAAUAUUAAAGCUAGGGGGUCUGUGGCUAAUUUCCAUAAUGGGACAUUAAAAUCUGACCUUUCUUCAUGAGAGAAGGCUAUUUUA